AUUCAGAUGAGGUAUUUAAAACCCAGCCAUGCCAUGACAACAGUGCUGAACUAAACGUCUUAAUGCCUGUCGAUCCCCAUCUGAUAACUUUCAAGAACAAGCUUAAUGUUACCCUUACCCACCAACAAUCCACUCAGCGCCGGCACUUGUGCUAGAUCCAGCAACCAUAUGUGGGGAGUUUAUCAAUCUCAUCUAAUCUCUUACAAGAUCCUCUGCCCACGAUAGAUAUAAAAAGGGCAUUGGCGAGUCUUCAAGACUUGCUUUUCAGGCCAUUUCCUCUUUGUCUUUGUCGGUUCUGAAAAUGAAGUUCGCCACUAUUAUCGGCUCGGCUCUGCUGGGCUUUGCUUCUGCUGGUAACACUACUACCCGGAAAACCACCUACGACUACAUCGUAGCCGGUGCCGGAGCGUCGGGUCUGAUUGUUGCCGAGAGACUUGCCAAUGCUGGCCACAAGGUUCUUCUUGUUGAGCGUGGUGGUCCUUCAUUUUAUUCCACGGGUAACCGUGAUGACUUGAUGAAGUGGAACAAAACCGUCACCGCAUACGAUGUUCCAGGCAUGGCCUACUACACCGAUAUCUCACCGACCAUUCAGUGGUGCACAGACAUUGCUGCCUCAGCAGGUUGCUUGCUCGGUGGAUCUACCAUGUUGAACGCUCUCAUGUUUGUCAAGCCCCGAGCUGCUGACUUUGAGGGCUGGCCUAGGGGAUGGCAAUGGGAGGAUGGAGUGUCCGAUGCUGCCAAGAGCGUUUUUGAACGUAUGCCCGGGAGCAUUCUUCCCUCGGCCGAUGGAAAGCGCUAUGAUGAUGGUGCCUUUGAGGUUAUGUCAAAGUUCCUUGAGAGCAAUGGCUGGGAUGAGGUCAAUGCUCUUGAGAACGUCGAGGCGAAGGAUAAGAUCUUUACGCACCCUCCUUGGCUGAUCAGCAAUGGACUUCGAGGUGGUCCCGUGCGUGAUAUUCUACCCGCUGCACAGGCCCUCGACAACUUCAGCUUGCAGCUUCACGCCAAGGUCAUCCGUGCUGUUCGCAAGGGCCCUAUCAUUACCGGUAUCGAAGUGGAGCAUGACGACGGUUCUCGUGAGAUCAUUAAGCUGAGCAAGGGUGGUUCCGUGGUCCUCUCAUCCGGCACCCACUCGACACCUCGAAUCCUCUUCAACUCAGGCAUUGGACCAAAGAAGCAAAUCCGCAUUGUCCAGUCCGGCUCUACGAACGUGAAGCUCCCUCCUGCCUCCCAGUGGAUCGACCUUCCCGUUGGCCAGCGCCUGAAGGACCAUCCCAUUGUUGUCGUAGAUUUCCAGACCAAGAAUAAGCUUCAAGCCCUUCCCAGGGAGGCAUUCACUGAGCCUAACGAUGAGACUGUUGAGUUGUUUGCUGAAGGAAGUGGCCUUCUCUCGCAGUCAGCUCAGCGUCUUAACUUCUGGAAGAGCGUCGAAGGCAAUGAUGGCGUGACCCGCUAUGUGCAAGGCACAGUCAAUGCCCCUGAGAACAACACCAUCUCAGCCAAGGUCUAUCUCACCCACGGUCUUACAUCCCACGGAACCCUCGAGAUUACUCCUGGGGGCAACACCAACAUCACUCAAAAGCCAUUCCUCAAUACCGAGGGUGACCGCGAUGCUCUCAAGACCUUUGUCGCCGAACUUCUUAGCUACGCGCGUAAGCCUGGUAGCGUUCUGAGUGUGCCUAACAAUGUCACCGCCGACACUAUUCUCGAGGUUUCGUACAGUGGCAACCAUCAUCUCGGGUCGGCUAAUAUGGGAGCCAAGAACGAUGGCAAGAGCGUCGUUGGGCCUGACACCCGAGUUUGGGGAACCAAGAACCUGUUUGUUGUCGAUGGUAGCAUGCAUCCUGAGGUUCCAACUGGAAAUACCCAGGCUUCCAUUAUGGUUGCUGCUGCACACGCUGCUAACAAGAUCUUGGCUGUUUCCUCCAAGCGACACUAA